GGGGACGCUGUCAUGGAUUUGACUCGGUUGGCCGUGGAUGCUGGUCAGUUCAUCAACCGCGCUGUUCAGUACACUGGAGAGAGUCUAGGACAGGCCGAGAGGACUGAGUUGGAUCCCGGACUGGAGGAGCUUUUAUCACGGGCGGACGCCACCAAGACGUGGACGGACCAGAUAAUCUCCCAGACUGAGGCUUUACUGCAGCCAAGCCUCGGAGUGCGGUUAGAGGACCGGCUGUAUCAGCAUCUGGAGUGGAGCGUCCCACCCCGGCCUCGUGCCGUUGAGUUACUGGGAGAUCAGAUGACUCAGGCCGGGCUGGAGAUUGGAUCAAACACACCUUAUGGUACUGGAUUGAUAAGGUGUGGAGAGGCUCAGAAGCAGCUCGGCGAGGCAGAGAGGAAGUUUGUCCAAAGCACUAACAUUCACUUUCUCACUCCCCUGCGGAGUUUCACUGAGGGGGAAUACAAAGCCAUACAGAAUGAACACAAGAUGUUGGUGAAUAAACGUUUGGACUUGGAUAUCACUAAGGCCAGGCUGAGAAAAGCCCACGAGGCUGAGCAAGAGGCCAGAAACCUGAAUGCCAACCCACUGGAAGAUGACUACUUGUCUCAUGUCUCCUACAUGUUCAGCUUCCUGCGUGUUAAAUGGCUAAAGAUCUGGGCUCAGGAAAUCUCACAGGCAGAGAUGGAGCUGAGGAUUUGUCAGAGUCUUUACAAUCGACAGUCAGAAAUCACAAGAGCUGUUGUGGAAGGACUCAGCAACACACAUACCAACCAUAUGCGGAGCCUCACUGACUUUGUGGAUGCUCAGGCUAGCUACUAUGCUCAAUGCAACCAACAUGCUCAGGAGCUGCAAAAACAGCUGGCCAGCAUUCCAGCUGUCUUCUGUUCCAAUAACUGGCAGUUUGCAAUUAGUAAUCCCGUUGGUCAGCCAUCAACAAGCAACCACGAGGCAAAUGAACCCAUCAGUGCAAAUCACGUCACUCCGUUACCUGUGCUCGUCCACCAGCUUCCAGAUUUCGACCAGGACUCGUGGACUUUAAACUCACCACCCCAAACUGUGAAAACCACAGCAGAUUCAUCUUUCAGUGCACUUCUGACUCACCAGACAAAUAACAACAAUAACAACAUCAUCAUCUCCACCACCAGACAAACACCCAGCAACCAUGCACCAAUCUACAGCCAGUCAACAACUGUUCGAGCGAUUGAUCGUGUCUCUACACCAAACCAAACGGAUCAGCUCCAAGCACCCGGCAGGACGGCCAGGAUGUCUGAUGCUUCUCCUGCUUCUACCCAGGUACUAACAUUCAAUACAACAUCUUCAAUAAGCAAUGGUGCAGCAACAGCAGCCUCCCCGCCUUUACAACCCAGUGCAACCUGUAGCAUCAAUGAAGGAGAUGUCCAGGAGUCUUCGUCAGGCCAUCAGGAUGUGGGCCAGUAGAGACGGCAAGUUGGGAACAUGGCAUCAACCCAGAGUAUUUCAGCUUUGACUUUAGGAAUAUACACAGUGAUUAUAUCAUGUUCCAGUUUAAUUAAUCCCUUAGGGAUUAUAAUGUGAAGUUGUUGAAGUUGCUUAUUUUUUAAAAGCGUAAUAUAGUGCCACAAUCAUUUUAGACUUGAGCUUUAUCCAUGUAUUAUUCAUGCUGUGUGAACAUGAUGAUGGUAGAUGUAAAGUCUGUUCUGUGUGUAACAUUUCUUGGUUUCAGGCUGGAAGACGAAGCUAACAGACUGUUAUCAUUUUGCAGUGUAAAGUUGUUUUCAGUUAGUGUCUGUGAAACUGAUCUUUUUUUCUUUCUUUUUUUUACGUUCUGGUCAGUGAGAACUAAUCAAGCUCUGUGCCAAGUGUAUGUGUUGGUGUGAAUACAUGAAUUUUACUGUGUCUCAGUGACCGUGUGAACUUGUGGUAAUACUUUGGCCCAAACAUGUGACACCUUUAGAAAGAAGUGUAUGUGCAUAUAUGUGACUGCCACCUUCUGACUCUUGUUUGUUAAACAUGAGGUCAUUUUCCAUACGAAACACAGUUUCAUUUCUGUCUGAGCGCAUUUGCAUUGGGGAACCCAGAGGUGACUGGACCUUUGUGCUUCUUCAUACGCGCGCUGGGUGUUUUCCCACGCAUACACUCAUUUUUCACCCUUUACCUUCUUAAAGCCCCCAUUUGGUCAAAUGGGUGGAAAUUUCCACGUCCAGAUGUUGUUAAUUUUCUUCAUGAGGGCAGACCUGCCUAACGUGGGUCUACUCUGGAGGGACUCUGGAUGGAAACAAAUAUUAAUGUAGCACUGGCUGUACUGAAAUAAUUGCCUACAAGCUCAAUGCUUUUGUCCCAGUAUGUAAAGAUGUGUGUGGGUUUGUGUAGUCUUCAUAUCAGAGCUGCUGCCAGUUUCAAACUACACGCACGCAGUCAUGAUUCAGCCACGAGUCGUUGAGCUGACGUCAGUGCGGGUUUGAGUUUGCGCUUGAUUCAUGUGAAGAUGUGGAAAUAAAUAUGCAAACAGUGAUGUCAUGCCGGUCUAAA